GUUCUGGGAGCGGAAGUGAGCCUUCAGCCGCCACCAAGCGAGGAAGUGGCGUGGGUCGCGUCAUCACAAAAUGGCGCCCUAAGUCGAAGAGGCUUCCGUUCUCGUUUUGCCACCCCUACCAGGCCGAAGGGAAGAAACUGUACAUCAUUACACAAAAUGCAGUGUUCCCAUCACUGUGAGCACCUACUGGAAAGUCUGAACAGGCAGCGUGAAGUGGGCUUCCUUUGUGACUGCACCAUCAUUAUUGGUGAAUUCCAAUUCAAAGCUCAUCGAAAUGUUCUGGCAUCCUUUAGCGAGUACUUUUGGGCUUUUUACAGGGAUACCUCAGAGAGUAACAUAUUUCUGGAUCAGAAUCAAGUGAAGGCUGAUGGAUUUCAGAAACUUUUGGAAUUCAUAUACACAGGAGAUUUAAACCUUGAUAGUUGGAAUGUUAAAGAAAUACACCAGGCUGCCGACUACCUUAAAGUGGAGGAAGUAGUCACUAAAUGUAAAAUAAAGAUGGAAGACUUUGCUUUUAUUGCUAAUCCUUCUUCUACAGAAACUUCUAGUAUCACUGGGAAUAUUGCAUUGAACCAACAGACUUGCCUACUAACUCUUCGUGACUACAAUAACCAGGAGAAAUCAGAUGCCCCUUCAGUGGAUAUAGUUCAAUCUCCAGUCUUAACGGCAGCCCUGGAAAAAAAAUCGGUUCAGACCAAAAAACGAAAGAAGGCCUUCAGUUCCCCCAGGCACCCACCAAGCAAGCCAGUGCAAUAUCCAAGCGAUGUUGCAGAAAACUCUGCCAUGGAGAUGUUUUUAGAUGCAAAUAAAUUGGCCACGGAGAUAACAGAACAGGCUGCCCAAGGUGGCGAUAAUUCUGAACUGCAGCUUACCCCUGUGGUGGAGAGUGAAACUUUUGCUGCUCAAGAGAUCCUCGUGCAGACUAUGGCUAUGAAGCCAAAACAGGGCAAAGCGCAUCAAAAUUGUGCUUUGAAAGAGCACUGCUUAUCUAACAUCACCAGUGAUAAGCACUCAUAUCAGUUGGAGAGCUCGGGAGAAGACCUGGAUCAGAAAUACUCCAAGGCCAAGCCGGUGUGUAAUACAUGUGGGAAAGUAUUUUCUGAAUCUAGUAGUCUGAGACGGCACAUGCGGAUACACAAAGGAGUCAAGCCGUACGUGUGCCAGCUCUGCGGCAAGGCCUUUACACAAUGCAACCAGCUGAAAACGCAUGUAAGAACUCACACAGGUGAAAAGCCAUACAAAUGUGAACUCUGUGACAAAGGUUUCGUCCAGAAGUGCCAGCUUGUUUUCCAUAGCCGUAUGCAUCACGGGGAGGAGAAACCAUACAAGUGCGACGCCUGUAAUCUGCAAUUUGCAACUUCAAGUAAUCUCAAAAUUCACGCCAGGAAACACAGUGGAGAGAAGCCAUAUGUCUGUGACCGAUGUGGGCAGCGAUUUGCACAAGCAAGUACGCUGACAUAUCAUGUGCGGCGACACACAGGAGAAAAGCCUUACGUCUGUGAUACCUGCGGGAAAACUUUUGCAGUCUCAAGUUCACUCAUCACUCACUCAAGAAAGCAUACAGGGGAAAAACCUUAUAUAUGUGGUAUUUGUGGCAAAAGCUUCAUUUCUUCAGGAGAACUCAACAAACACUUCCGGUCUCAUACAGGUGAAAGGCCAUUUAUCUGUGAGCUGUGUGGAAACUCCUAUACAGAUAUCAAGAACCUAAAGAAACACAAAUUGAAAGUUCAUUCAGAUUCUGAGAACCCAUUGGAUUCCAUUGCACUUUACCCUUCCUUCAGUGAGCAAGAUUCAGUUCCAAGUGAGAAAAGCCUUCUGCUGGAGUCUGUUGAUGUGAAGCCUUCAGACAUAGCAUUACCUCUGCCUCUGGGAACAGAGGACCACCAGGUAUUGCUGCCUGUCACGGAUAGUCAGUCUCCCCCUUCCGACACCCUUCUCAGAUCUACCAUCACUGGAUAUUCAGAACCUCAGUUUAUUUUCCUCCAACAAUUGUACUGACAACUGUGUAUGCUGAAAAUUCUAGAAAUGAAAGCAUAUGAGAUAAAAAGGAGCUGUGGGUGAGCUAGAUUUCAUCUCAGUUUCUACUGGGAACUUCGGGUGAUGCAUCUUUGCUGUGGAAUUCAGCUUUUCUCUAAUAUUUUGUUACUCUAGAACAAAGAUUGUGUAUUUUCACCUGCAAGAAUGAAGAUUGCAUUUUCUAGGAGAUAAAAAAAAAUCUUUUGUUUUUCUUCAACAUCUGCCUUAAGAAUUCUAAAUCAUUUAACACUGGAAAGCUUCAGUGUUCAUGCAAAAACUGAUUAUCUGUAGCAAGGUGUUCAGAAUGAAAACAUUGAACUGACAUAAGAGAAGAGUCUCUUUUAACUGUAAAUAACUUAGUUUUUCAAGUAAACAGAUCCAACAAUAAUUGAAAACAACUCUGAAAAUAGCCAAUACAGAUGCAGCAGCUGUCUGGUACGUUCCAUGGUGUUACUGGUACAACCGGAUACUGCUGGACAGAAGAUGUGGGAGCUGUCCUAUUUCCAAAAUGUCAACUUUUCUGUCAUGGAAAAUGAGGAUUUUGGGACAGAGGAUGCUAUCUGAGGAAAAUGUCAUGUCUUCAGGAGGCAGAGACAUGUCCUAGUGAGUGAUUAAGUCACUGGACAUAGAAAGCUGCAAUUAUGAUUGCUGUGUAGGCCACAUGAUGAAUUUCUUGGCUAAAAUGAAAUUUGCAAAGUUGCCUGUAUCAGCUGAAUAGACUGACAGAUAGUAUCAGUGAUUGUGCUGCACGUUGGCACCACUGAUAAUGGAAUAAUAUAAUUAUGAUGUCCUGGAAGCCAGAUUUCAGGUAUUAGGGAUAAAAUUCAAAGCUAGGAUCACCCAAAGUAAUUUUCUUUGACAUGCUACCUGUUCUAUACAGAUUCAACUAGUCCAAUUACCUGGUUCCAUGAUUUUUGUUUCCAGUUUCAGAUAUCCCUGGCUUGAAAAAUCUGGAAUGGCUUUCUUACAGAUUUAAGAAAAGCUCUUCUGGUUUUAUCAGUAAUCUCACAAAAGUUACUAGCUUUCCAAGAAUAUUGUUAGUUUGUACUGUCAUGUUAGUUGUAGAAAAAAGAUUUUAUUUCUUCCACAGCUAACAGAAAAACCAAGGGGGUGGGAGAAGAAAGACAGAUAAUCUAUCUUUUCUCUGUCAAACAGUUUGAUCACUGCUAUGGAUAUGUGUGUGGUCACCUAGUUUAAACUUCUGAAUGGUUCACACAUACCAAACCACUUGUCCAAAAG